GCACGAUUGCAUCUCAGUGCUCAACAUCUAUCCCCAACACACAAGCAAAUCUAAAUUUAGCUCUAGAUGUCAUUAACUAAGCUUGUGUCAUCCAUUUGAGUUUUGCUCUGUCAAACUCUAUAUAAAUGUUUGUUCACAGCUCACUUCAUCAUUUGGCUUAUGCAGAUGUCCACACGAUGGCCAGUCAGAAUGCCAGUGGCAGUAUGCAGAUGCAACUGAUUCAAGUUGACCCCAUCCGGAGGAACGUUUCACUGGCAUUGACCCAGAUUGUUGUGUGGCCCUUCAUCUACCUCAUCUUUCUCAUGCUCUUAAUAUUUUCCAAGAAAGAGACUUUCAGAACAGAGACACGCUAUAUAUUGUUUGGUCAUUCUCUCCUGGUAGACUUAAUAUUUCUUUUUCUGACAGAUUUUGUGGUGCUCUUAUCAUACAAUUAUGUUUUAAUACCACUGCACUUCUGUAUCCCCGUCUGCAUGUUAAUGGAAGCAGUCGGAGUAUGUGCACCAUUGACCAUCGGUGCCAUGUGUGUGGAGCGCUAUGUGGCCAUUUGCAUGCCGCUGCGACAUCAUGCGAUCUCCACCUCUAGAAGAGCCCUAAUGGUGAUUUUAAUGAUUUGGAUCCUGAGUUCCAUAAACCCCUUUGUUGAUAUGUUCAUCCUCAUUAGCACUGCCUCUCAUGAGUAUCUGACUCAACUGACACACUGCCACUAUGAGAUUAUGGUUUUGGAAAAGAUACGUCAGUUUGCUAGGGGUCUGUUGUAUAUUGUGGGGCUUAUGUUUAUCUUGAUAACUGAAAUCUUUUGUUAUGUAAUGAUUUACCUUGCAGCACGUGCAGCUUCUGGUGACAUGAAGUCAGCGUCAAAAGGGCAGCGCACUAUUUCUCUUCAUAUCCUUCAGCUGUUUUUAUGUACUGCUGAGGUCAUGUGUCCUUACAUUGAGGCUGUAGUUAUGCAGUAUGAUAUUAAUAUAUAUCUGAUUGUCAGGUAUGUAAAUUUCCUUGUAUUUAGUAUCACUUCUAGAGCAGUCAGUCCUCUUGUCUAUGGCUUUAGAGAUGAGAAAUUUUACACAGCUAUGAUUUAUUAUAUCAAAUGUAAAAACAAUGCAAUCUCUACUGACAGUGAUAAACAAACAUGAUUUUCUUCAGUUAAAGCAUUUACAUGGACAUCUAUGCGUUUUUAAGGUUAAAGAGUGCUCAUGGUAUUUUUUGCUUGUCUAAAUUCCUUUCAAAAUAUUAUCAGGUAAUAUCUGAUAAUAGCAAUAUCUGUCUGGAGAAGAUGUUUCUCACUUAGUAUUUAGAUGGUAUUUUAU